AUGUGUGACACAGAGGAGAUUUUGGAGGAGUAUGAGGAGGAGGUGAACAAAGAAGAAGAGGCCGAGGAAGAAGCAGCAGCUGAGGAGGAUGAGCAGGAAGGCAAUAUGCAAGAAAACAAUAAAGAAGAGGAAGAUGAGCAGGAAGCAGAGGAGGAAACCAAGCCCAAGCCUAAGACGUUUCUUCCCAACAUUUCAGCACCAAAGCUGCCUGAUGGAGAGAAGUUGGACUUUGAUGAUCUCCACCGUAAGCGUUUGGAGAAGGACUUCAAUGAACUGCAGAGUCUCAUUGAGCUGCACUUCAACAAUAGGCAGAAGGAGGAGGAGGAUCUUGUAGCUUUGAAGAACCGCAUUGAACGGCGACGGGCCGAUCGUGCCGAGCAGCAACGCAGCAGAGUCGAGCGAGAGCGAGAGAAGCUGGCAUACCUGGCUGAGGAGAGGGCACGACGCGAGGAUGAGGCAGCCAAACUGCGGGCUGAAGAGGAUGCCAAGAAGAAGAAGGUCCUCUCUAACAAGGGCUAUGGUGGGUACUUGCAGAAGGUGGAUCAGAAGAAAGGCAAGAAGAUGACGGAACGCGAGAAAAAGACCAAGGCUCUUCUGGAGCGUCGGAAGCCCCUCAACAUUGACCAUCUCAACCAGGAGAAGCUAGGAGAAAAAGCCCUCGAUCUGUGGAAGUGGCUCAGUCAACUUCACGCAGAGAAGUUUGACCUGGCAGAAAAGCUAAAGAUGCAGAAGUAUGACAUCAAUGUCCUGCGUAACCGUGUUAGUGACCAUCAAAGAGGAGCCAAGACAACCAAGACCUCCAGGAAAUCCUGGAAGUAAUUUUCUUGGAUUAAAACAACACAGAAAAAAAGUUUAUUGGAGUCACAAUUUCAAGUCUCUCUGUGAAAUGUCUAGGAUAUUGUAUUUCUUUUGUUUACAAAUA